AUGCAGGAAUGUCGUCGUGAAAUCAACGAGUCUUUGGUGGCAAGUAAUCGCUUUUCGACCACUGUGAUGCGUAAAGAGCAACAUAAUCUUCGCAAUCACUUCGAAUUCCUCUGCAAACGCCUUGGUGCAAUGAUUGAAUGCGUAGAACCGGUUACACGUGGUGGAUGCGGAGACAAAGCUGCGACCAUGAUGCUGCGUUUUAUCACUGUCGGCUUCAGCAGUUUCGAACAACUCUACUCUCAACUUGGUAUCUCUGAUCAAUUGCCCGUUUCGUGUAAAUCUUUGCUGUCGCUUCGACAUCGUAUAUCUGAACCACGGGUCCGAACAACCAACGAACGGCACUCAGAGUUGGCGGCACAGAAUAACCCUAACGUCGGGGUCAGUCGUUACGAAGCGAUACUACUGACAGUCUGUUUCAUCGCUAUGACUUCAUUCGAUGUCUGA